CCUUCUCCAAUCCUAUAAUUAAACUGCCUUUCGUCUGAACAGCAAAAACAAAGAGCGAAACGAGCGAACACGGGUAAAAUAAUAAUAAAAUAAAAUAAAAUAGCAACAACGUGGCACAUAAGAUAGGUUGAGCGAAGGCCGAGGGGGAAUGGAGAUGAUGGCGAUGAAGAAGACAGCGGCGGUGUUUGUGGUCAACUUGCUGCUUUUGGUGACAUUUUGUAGUGCGAUCGAAUCACCGGAGUACACGCUAGUCCAUAAGGAGUCGGAAUUCGAGAUCAGGCUCUAUCGACACUCUGUUUGGAUGUCCGCUCCUGCUCUUCUUCAACUUUCCUUCCAGAAAGCCACCUGGAACGGUUUCCACAGGUUGUUUCAAUUCAUACAAGGUGCCAACCUUAACUUCUCUCGAAUUCCCAUGACUGCUCCGGUGCUGACAACAAUGGUCCCCGGAGCUGGACCCCUCGAAUCACAAGGGUAUUAUGUUAGUCUUUACUUGCCUGUCAAGUUCCAAGCCACCCCACCACUCCCAUUGCCAGAACUCAACAUCAAGCCCCACAAAUUCGCCAGCCACUGCAUUGCGGUCAGAGAGUUCUCUGGUUUUGCCAAGGAUGAUAGGGUUGUCAAAGAAGCUCAAAAGCUUGCCACCAGCCUCAGCAGGUCCCCUUGGGCUGACUCAACUUCUGCCAGGAGUUCUUACUCCAUUGCUCAGUAUGAUGCUCCUUUUAAGAUCAUUAAGCGCCGGAAUGAGGUUUGGGUCGACAUUGAUGCCCCUGAUUUGGGUUGUAAAUCAGUUGGUGUUGCAGCAUAUUGAAGGAAUUGUUGUUGAUCAUCUAGUAUAUGGAUGCAAAUGUUGUCAAUCAUAAUAUUCUGUAAUAGCAUUUGUAUAUGACUAUAUGUUAAUAACUUUAUAUUAAAAGAGAUCAGACUCACUUGAAAAA